CAGAGAGAGCCAGGCGCCAGUAUCUCUCCGACCGUGAGAGGGGAAGGACAUUCUGUGGAUCGCUCCGACACUGAGCCAUGUGGGGCGCUGUGCUAGGCUGCUGAGGCUGUGUAAAAUAACAUCCACUGAGUACAAAAAAAACCCGUGAAUAAAAGAACUAAACACAUAAUUACCUCGUUUGACAUUGACUAUAAGUGGAUAGAUAGAAAAAAAAGUGGCACUACAAGUUUAAGAGGACAAAGUGGACCUCACACACCGCUCUGUGAGAUCACUGCAUCGUCACCACCACACCUUCAGGGAGGCCGCCACACCGUACACCCUGUAGUGGUAUAACUGUGAGGGAGAACUGAAAAGAGAUCCAGCAUUAAGGGAUCAGAAGCUGGAGACGAGAGAGAAGGAGAAUUACACAGGAGGUAAACUUAAGUAAUUACAAACUGAAGGGAACUAUUGGGAGGUGCUGAGGUGAUGGUCAGAGGUGUGUGAGAGGAAGAGGAAGAAGAAGUUGGCCUCCCAGCUGUGGCCUCUCCCUUGUGUGAGGGCGCGGGAGGCAUGAGAGAACGCCCAGGAAGGCGUGGGUGUAGCGUGAUGGUGGGCGUAGUGGUACAAGUGAGUGCGAUGACCGUGGGCGUGGUGAGGUCAUAAUAUGUGAUGAAGGUUCGUGGGUGGACGUGGGCCACCUCAUGGGCGGUAGUGGGUCUGUGGGCGGGCGUCACCCUCCUCGUGGCCCUUGCUUCCCUAGCCGCUCUCUUCACGCCCACCUGGUUCGUCCGACACUCACCCUCGCCACCCGUCAUGUUCGGUGUGUGGGCGUGGUGCGUGGGUGGUCUCAACGAGCAGAGAUGUGCAGCCGUGGGUCAGGGUGUAGGUGACCACUCAGGGGCGCUACCAUCGGCAGUGUGGGUGAUGGUGGGGGCGGUGUAUGGCGGGGGCGGCGCUCUGCUGGCGGUGACAGGUCUCGCCGCCCUCCUCACCCCCGUCUUGCCCACCACCCACGCCCGUGCAGCCCUCGCCCACGUGGCUGGCAACAUACAAGCUGCCGCAGUGUCCCUGCAGGCGGUGGGUCUGGUGCUCUACCCUCUAGGACUCGGGUCGCCCUUCGCCAGGCUACAGUGUGGGGACUCUGCCUCCGUCUACGCCUCGGGCAGCUGUGAGCUCGGAUACGCCUACAUGCUGGCCUUGGUAGCCACGGCCCUAGCUGCCUACUGCCCCGUGCUGGCCAGACUCGUCACCUACAAGGAUUACACGGACUACUGGUCGAACCUUAACUAUAUGUGAUGCGUCGACGUGUGUUUGUAGUGUGUGUGUGUGUGAGUGUGUCGCCUCCCUGGAGAAACUGAAGAGGUGGGUUAUGUGCAUGUUCUCUUGACGUGUUGAAGUGACGUCUUUAUUAGUGAAGUGAGUUUCAGUGGUGCAGAAGUAACAUGCCUACUGAAAAUACCGAAGUGACACGCACCCUGGAAAAAAAAUAAGAGUGCCAUGCGUAUUGUAAAUGAGUGACGCACCAAUCUAGAGAUGCUGAAGUGACUCGCCAUAUCAGUGACGUAGAAAUGAGAUAUGUGCAUCGACGUGUGUUGUGGUGGCCUCCGUGCGUUCACCUCACCAAGAUCAUUCUAACGCUGAGGAGUGACUGAGUGUCUGGCGAAGAUGCAGGAGUGACGAACCAGAAAAGUACGAAUAAACGAAUUAGUGAAGCUUUUCGUUACAUAUUACGCCUAAAGACAAACGAGAGAAAAAAAAUGCGUAAAAAUAUAACUAAAAAGAGAUGUGUUUACGGAAGACUGAUGCGUAACGGUGAUUAAAAUUUACCAUGUGAAUUGAACAGAACACACACAUCAUCACGCACUACUUACGCAUCUUACGCAUAGGAACUACCCCCUCCCCUCCCCCUAAGGCCUGAGCUGUUGUUCUUGUAGUCAGUUGAGAGGAGACAACAAGAGCACCUUCCGUGUAGUGUUGUUGUCAGGUACAGGUGUGGAGAGAAGGUGUGUCUGCUAGUAGGUUGUCAGUGAAGAGAAGGUGUAUCUGCUAGUAGGCUGUCAGUGAAGAGAAGGUGUGUCUGCUAGUAGGCUGUCAGUGAAGAGAAGGUGUGUCUGCUAGUAGGUUGUCAGUGAAGAGAAGGUGUGUCUGCUAGUAGGUUGUCAGUGAAGAGAAGGUGUGUCUGCUAGUAGGUUGUCAGUGAAGAGAAGGUGUGUCUGCUAGUAGGUUGUCAGUGAAGAGAAGGUGUGUCUGCUAGUAGGUUGUCAGUGAAGAGAAGGUGUGUCUGCUAGUAGGUUGUCAGUGAAGAGAAGGUGUGUCUGCUAGUAGGUUGUCAGUGAAGAGAAGGUGUGUCUGCUAGUAGGUUGUCAGUGAAGGAAAGAAGUGUCUGCUAGUAGGUUGUCAGUGAAGGAAAGGUGUCUGCUAGUAUUUUCUCAGUGAAGGGAAGGUGUCUGCUAGUUGCUGUCAGUGAAGGGAAGGUGUGCUAGUUGUUGUCAGAUACAGGUGUGGAGGGGAGGUGUCUACUAGUCUAAAUGCCUCGUUGGCCAGUUGUAAAUAUAGGAUUACCUUUUAGAUAUUUCGUAAUACAUUCUCAUUAGGGUGCAAAACCAUCAAUGACGUCACCAUCCCAAGAGGACCAGUGACGUCAUCAGGACACAUAAACCUAGUGACGUCACCGACCAUAAAACCACCAGUGACGUCACCCUUCAAGAAGAACCCGUGACACCACCAAUCAAAAAACAACCAGUGCCGUCAUCGCCUAAGAGGACCAGCGACGUCACGACCUUAUACAAGCCAGUGACGUCACCCACCCAACCUAUCAGUGACGUCAUCACUCAACAUCGACCAAUGGAUGCUAACCCAUCACACACUUCAGAAAUUAACCCACCAAUCGGUAACCAGAGCUGACCAUAACAAACAAGAACUCUUCCUCAACUUAAGACAGAGGAAACGUAGUAAAAAAAAAAAAAUCUAAAAAAAA